AUGGAUGACGUCCUCAACUUCAUUUUCACGUACGACGUUGUUUGCAUAUACAGCAUCAAUUUGCGGAACCGCUUCGGCAAGCGCUUCCCACAUCUCCUCCCCUUGCUCGACCGCAUGCAAAUGCUUCUGCCGAAGCUGCACAUGCUCGCCCACGAGGAGCGCUGCCAGAUUCUGUUCGCCCUCUGUUACUCUUGGGGAGCCGGGCUUUCGCAUGGGGAGAGCGUCGAGCAUCCGUGGGCGGAGCACAACCAGGUCGGCCUCAGCACACGCGAGAUGAGUGCAGGCCAUCGUCAUGACGCCCUAAAUGCCAUCCAUAACUUUUGGAACUGGUGCAAAAUGGAGACGGCGGGUAAGCCAUCGCUUCGUCAAGACCACACUCGACUGACAGGGAGAAAACAGGUACAUAUCUCGCACGCAAGCUGA